AUGGAAGUGUGGAUAGAUGGAGGUAUGAGAAUCGGCGGCUUGGGCCAAGCGAAAGGAGGUUCGGACGGUGGCGGAAAUAAGCCGGCAGUACGGGUGCAUAUCUGGCUUUCCCUAUUAAUGCCAAAUAGGCGGAACUCAAACGCGGUUUUAGGGGAUAGGCGGCAUGCCGGCGAAGCCUGCCGGGGAGGGCGGAGCAAGUUGGGCAAAUUGGGCAAGUCGGGCGAACGACAGAGUCAGCGUCUAAUCGCGUCCACUAGAAAUGAAGCCGGAUUUUGCCCAUCAGAAAUCCGUGAAGUCUGCUUUCUUAUUGGCCGUCUCUCGACCGAGCCAGAAGGCCAGAUUGCAGGCCUGUCUGAGAGUUGCCAGAGCCCCACAGCCUUGGGCAGACGCUCCACGCCGGCGGAGCAAAGGUACAGUCUCGGAAUGGUUCUGCAACGUAAACGUCGCCUUGGCCAGAGAAGUUGGCCUCGCAACAGACAGGCCAGGGCGGUUUUGGUGCCUGCCUGA